UGAGUGGCUAGUGGUAGGUGAUAGCAGGCUGGAGCCGUCUUUGCGAGAGACGCGACGCUCAGAAUCGCGAAAGCAUGUGAGCUCGGUGCUUGUAUUGCCGACGUCAACGCUUGUAGCCAGGGUUCGGCCCUUCAAUACACACAAUACACAGUACACCCAUGAAGCAGUGACAUGCAUCCCAAUGGGCGCGUCCGACUCAAAACUCACCUUCAAGCAGGGCAUCUUCCGCCUGGCAGAGCCCACCCAGAUCCCCGCCGAUGAUGCCUACUGGACAAGCUUCUGGGAGCUGCCUGAAUCCACUGAAGAUGUCUUCUCGCUCUUCUCGCCCGCAGAUAUCCGCCGAACCCGCGACAACAACCUAGAAAACCUCGAGACGCUCGUCCUCGCCGUCAGCUCGCGUCUCUGCGUCCUCCGCAACCACCCCUCCUUCCCCGACCCCGAGCUAGCACCCGAGCGGGACGCCCUCAACUGCAUACGCGUGCUCACGCGCCUGCUCCCGUUCAUCUACGAGGCCGACCAUCUGGAGGAAUGGGAGGACAAGUUCUUCUGGGCUGCGCGGCGAAGGCGCAGUCGGCGGGGCCAGAUUGUGCGGAGCGAGGUCAUCUUUGACGAAGCCGACCCCGAGCAGACGCCCAACGCGAACGAGCCAGAAUUCGAAAAGGCCAAGCCACUCGCCGAGGAGAUCAUCGACACGCUGGUCGACCUUCUCUUUUUCUCGGACUUCACUCUACCCAAAGUCCCCACCGGCAAGAACAAGGUCUCCUAUGCCAUAUGGCAGAGUGGCGUGGGUUGCAACACGCCAGUAGCUUCGACCAAGGAGUUUGAAAGCAACAGGACCGAGAUCUUGCGGCUGCUGCUGACUCUGGCAAGCAAGUCCAUGUACAUGUCCGCUGGUAUACUCCCAGUGAAAGGUGUCAAGGCCAUCACGUACAUCGCAACCAGUCCCGAGAAGCAAGUCGUCUUGUCACUAUUAUGCUCUCUUCUCAACACAACAUUGAAGUACAACCCCGCCACAUGGCGAGUGCCAUACGACCAUGUGGUCUUCCGAGACCAAAGGCAGAUACUAGUCACAUACUGCCUCCAACUACUUCUGGUACUGAUACUGUAUCCCAUCCCUGAAGCUGGUAACGGGCCAGCACCAAAGAACUUUUUCCGUCAUUUUCUUGGCCGAUUACAUCGACCUCAAGACUUCCAGUUCCUCGUCGAUGGUAUGACAAGAAUUCUGAACCAGCCUCUUCAAGCUAACACAGCAUAUUUGCCUGGAAGCCACAAGUCGUUGACAUGGGCGCCCGAAAUGAUCAUGCUUUUCUGGGAGGCCUUGCAAUGCAAUAAGCGUUUCCGCUCCUUCAUCAUCGACACAGACCGGGCACACGAUUUCGUCGUCUUGGUAUUGUAUUAUGCCAUUGAUCAGCGCAAUGAUCCCACGAAACAAGGGCUAGUGCGAAUGUGCAUUUUCGUACUCCAGACGUUGAGCGUUGAGCCACAGUUUGGUAAGAGUCUGAACAAGACGUUUGAGGGACAGGAAUCGCUUCCACCAAGCAUACGGAUACCCAAUUUUCACGGCACAUAUGCUGAUUAUCUCAUCACUUCAAUCUAUACAUUGCUUACUACAGGGAAAGGCAGACUAGAUGCCAUUUACCCUGCUCUACUCGCUAUCUUGAACAAUAUUGCAGCAUACGUGCAGAACCUUGGACGUGCAUCUAGCUCCAAACUUCUUCAACUUUUCGCAUCCAUGUCGUCACCAAGUUUCUUGCUUGCGAACGAGAAUAACCACACUCUGCUUCAAUCGUUGCUGGAGGCUCUAAAUGCUAUGGUUGAGCACCAGUAUCAACAUAACCCAAAUCUGGUGUAUGCAAUUGUCCGUUCUCGCAAGAGAUUCCAGGCGCUACGGGACUUCACGCUCGAGAGUGGCCAGGAAGAAAUUGAGCGUCAGAGCCAACUGCGUAAGGACGGGGGUGGAGAGCUGCAGAGGACCGACUCUAUCGACAGUCUGCGGAGUCCUACUAUCUCCCGGACACCUACGCUGAGCAACGUCCCAGAAGAGGAUAGCGCGUUUGCUAUUGGCGAUGACGAUGACGAUGAUGGCGAUGAUAGCGACUCAGAUGUAGACGAACCUCGCCAGCCAGACCCACCACGAUCACCGUUGCACUCGCCGUCAAGCGCGUCAAGAAGCGCAUCAAUCGCAUCAUCUAUUGAUGAGUCUGUACCACUUCAAUUGAGAGGCAUGUCAGAAAAGGCACGAGGAAAAAUGCCAGUUGGACAACCGGCGUUCUCUCGCCAGAACAGCAUCAGCAGCCUCGCCAGCAUGGCGGCGCCAGCUCUGGGCGCGAACGAGUUCUUCACGCCGUCUGUUACAUGGCUUGAGAGCUGGCUUUCCGAGUUGCCGCUUCACACGGCGCUCAUGUUGAUCUCAGAGCUCGUACCCAAGCUUGUCAACUCUGGAAAUUCCAAUGAUACAGCAGCGGCAUUGACAACAAUACGUGAGACCGAGGUACGUGGUAUCGAACCUUCACUUAUCAGAGUGCAUAUGUUCGAAUGGUCUCCAUUAUCACUUGGUUGGUACGAGUCACUGCUUUGGGGCUUCAUCUUCGCUGGGGAAAUGCUCGUAGCCAAGGGUACAGCAGGUGUCUGGAACAAGACGAGUAUCAGGUUGUUCAAGGUGCAAGAAGGUGCUGCUCAGACACCGUCUCUUAUGGCACCUCGUGGAGCGGUGGAUGCGGUGGGAAGCAACUUGGUGCAACGCAUUGGUAGUCUGAACUUGCGAGCAGCCGCCACACAGGCGACGCAGCGAGGUUCUGGCAGCGGUGCUGGGAGUGCUUCGGCGACGGUUAGAGAUGUGUAGCGUUGUAUUACAAUACUGCUUGAUGUGUGCGGCGAGAGGUGGCUAUGCAGGA